AUGGUCGUCGACCCUGGAGCAUCGUCCAUCACGGUCGCAGUUCGAGUUCGACCUUUUACGAUCCGAGAAGCUGCGCAAUUAGUCCGAAAUGAUGAGGGUACCAUGUUUCUGGGAGACGGCUCCCUCGCCGCCAUCCCGACACCCAAACUUCACACUCGCGGUAUCCGACAGGUGAUCAAGGUCGUCGACGACCAAUGCCUCGUAUUCGAUCCUCCCGAGGACAACCCCAUGCAGAAGUUUUCCCGCUCCGUCGUGCCCAACGGUAAGAAGGUCAAGGAUCAGACCUUCAUGUUCGACAGAAUCUUCGACGAAAACUCCACACAGAACGAUGUCUAUGAGGGCACAACAAAACAGCUGCUCGACAGCGUUCUCGACGGCUACAACGCUACCGUCUUCGCGUACGGUGCUACCGGCUGCGGAAAGACGCACACCAUUACCGGCACAUCGCAACACCCAGGUAUCAUCUUCCUCACCAUGCAGGAAUUGUUUGAAAAAAUCAAUGAGCGAAGCCAAGACAAGACCACCGAAAUCUCACUUUCCUAUCUCGAAAUUUACAACGAAACCAUCCGCGACCUGUUGGUCCCCGGAGGCAGCAAGCAGGGACUGAUGCUCCGAGAGGACUCGAAUCAGGCCGUCUCCGUCGCUGGCCUGACCAGCCACCACCCCAAGGAUGUUCAGGAGGUCAUGGACAUGAUCGUGCAGGGCAACGAGUGGCGGACGGUCUCACCGACGGAGGCCAACGCGACGUCGUCGCGUUCCCAUGCCGUUCUCCAGAUCAACGUCGCCCAGAAGGACCGUAGCGCCUCCGUCAACGAACCACACACCAUGGCCACGCUCAGCAUUAUCGAUCUUGCCGGUAGCGAGCGUGCCAGCGCCACGAAGAACCGCGGCGAGCGCCUCCUCGAAGGUGCAAACAUCAACAAAUCCCUCUUGGCUCUGGGAAGUUGUAUCAAUGCCUUGUGCGACCCUCGCAAGCGCAACCACGUACCAUAUCGCAACAGCAAGCUUACUCGACUCCUCAAGUUCUCCCUCGGCGGAAACUGCAAGACUGUCAUGAUUGUUUGUGUCAGUCCCUCGAGCGUCCACUUUGACGAGACGCAAAACACACUUCGAUACGCGAACCGAGCCAAGAACAUCCAGACCAAGGUCACUAGAAACGUCUUCAACGUUAACAGACACGUCAAGGACUUCUUGGUCAAGAUUGAUGAGCAGAUGGCCUUGAUCAACGAGCUCAAGGCCCAGCAGAAGGACACCGAAAAGAUCUUCUUCGCCAAGUUCCGCAAGCAGAUGGAGAAGCGCGACUCGGUCGCCCGCGAGGGUGUGCAGCGUCUCCGCGCUGCUUACGAGAACUCUGCGUCGGAGCGACAGGACAAGAUCCACAACAUGAAGAAGCUGAGAGCCUUUGAGAAGCGCAUCGGUCUGCUCUCGGCAUGGAUUGCAUCUUUCGACACCGUCUGUGACACGAGGGGAGACGAGGACUCGAUGCCCCCAGCUCUUGUUGCCAUUCGCAAGACGGCGCAGGGCAUCUUGGUUGAGUUGGAGCACAGCCGCCAGCACAUCCACCAGAAGCUCGAGAACACCAACUGGGAGCGAGCCAUCGACACGGCGCUCCACCACAGCCUCAAGCAGUUGCCUGGGGGUGAGGCCGACAGCGCCGAGGUUGAUAGCCUCACUCGUGAGGCAGAGCUUCUCAAGUCCAACUUUGGCCGGGAGGCCAACAGGGAGGUUCUGGAGAUGGACAGGGCAGGCGACGCCGCCAUGAUUCAGGUUCUUCUUACAGCUCAGUUCGAUAUGUUGGCGUCACUUGCCGAUACGCUGGCUAUGAACGAGGAGGAAGCGGUCACGCACGCCAAGCAGAUCAUCAAUCGAUUGCUGGAAGCAGGUUUCUCGGCGGCGUCCCUUGUCGUUAAGCCGGAUGGCACCAAGAUCCCUCUCGAAAAGUUCUCCCCCACCAAGAAGGGCACUCCGAAGCGCAAGAAGGCUGCCGUGAACCACAUCGUGCCGAUCCCGCAGCCCAUGUUCGCUCCAGCGUCCGAGCCGGCGCCCCAACCGCAGGCGUCGCCCAUGAAGUCAUCGCCUCGUCGUAAGAAGACGGGCGCUCCGCGAAGCCCCCGCAAGGGAGUCUCAUUCACUCCCGUGAAGAAGAAGGCAGAAGCUAAGCGUGCGGUUCGCUGGAGAGACGAUGAGACGGAGCAGGGAACCCUCGCGGAUUUCGAAAAGACACCUAAGAAGUUCGAUUCGGCAUCGGAGCAGAACUCGCCUGACAAGUUCGGUCCGCCGCUGAGGAUGCCGGCUCUCCCCUCUUACCUGCAGGAGGACAACACCGUCACUUCCAUUGCGUCCGACUCAAGCCCUUCUUUGGAAUAUCCCGAGACCACGUCUAUCCCCAUGGCGAAGCCUAACAGGUUCCAGGCAGGGUUCUUGACCAAGGGAGCCAGCCGCGUGUCGUCCAUCGGCCAAGGCUCUCCUACAGCCCCAGUGCCGACCAUGUCGUUGCCUUUGGGAUCGUCACCGCUUUCGGACAGUGGAUCUCGCUCGGCUCCUUUGCGCGCCCUCGACAUUCAUCGCUCUUCCAACCUCUCGCCGCCAGCGUUUCGCUCUAGGAUCGCGAGGGCUAGCCCGCCUCCGAGAGCCUCCCUUUCCGGCUCGGGUUUGUCCGUCGACGAGAACAACCCGCCGGCAUCCCACACGGCGUCCGGUUCCGAAUCGGAAUCCCCUACCAUUGACCCCCGAAAGAUCCGGUCGGCAUUGCAAAACAUGAAGAAAGUGCGCGGCGGCGGCGAACAUCGCCGUAUCUCGUCCGUGUCGGGCACGACAUCCUCAAAUGCUAGGCGCAUUUCCUCCAUCGGCCCCAUGACGUCGAGCCACCACCGGGCAUCUCUCAGCUUCUCGGGUCCUUUGGCUAGUAGCUCAAACGGUAUCUCGCGGCACCGGCGAGCUAGCGCCGAGCGAAGGCUCUCACCGCCCAUCACCUGCUCGCCACCCGACAUGCGGGGCGACCGGGCCUUCACCCCGGGUCAGGCCAGACGGAUGCACCUGGGAGGUAGUCUGAGAACGGACGGGGGAAGCCCUCAAGGCCGGAUCGCCAGCGCCGAUUUCAAGAACAGACGCAUCACCAUUGGCAGUCUCGCGUCCAACGGAAAGAUAGAAAAGGCAUCCAGGUCGAACACGGCCGGCUGGCGUUGA